AACACUUAAUAAAGGUCUAUGUAAACCAAGAGUAAACUACUGGACUUCAGUCGUAUGCUGACGGUGAAUUGUUCAAGCUGUCGUUCAGUUUGCAGUUAUAUAUCCUUGCUCAGUGCCAACACCGGAAAAAAAGAGAAACGGAAAAAUGAACUUCAUUCCACUGCUAUCCGCUGCGGCAAUGAUCUUUUUCUAUGUGAUGCCCUGUGAAGGUGGUGGACGUGUAGGCGUUACUCUGAAGUACUACAAAAAUCCUGCUCAUAGGACCUACAAAUUCAAAUGCUGUGAUGCUGGGUUUUUCGGUUGCUCUGGUGGAUGUGAAGCAUACUUCAAAAUUUGCGCGACACAAUCAGCUUCAUCCAAAACGUAUUCCUGUAACCUGGGAACAAAACGGACUGCAGUCGUUGGUGACAGGGAUGAUUAUAUACUUAAUUUAGGAAAAGAGUUCACUUUCACAUCCUUACAAGAAUUCGUUAAUUUGAAGGUGCAAGUUUGGGACCAUGACAGUGUUCUUAAAGAUGACCUAGUGGAGACCUUUUAUAGCUCGAAUAGACCUUGGUCACCUGGGAACGGCCACCAGAAAAUUGCCUUACGACAUAAGAGCAGGGUCGUUCAGAUAACACUUGACUUGGAGGUACACUGCGACAAGAACUAGUACGGCCCUCACUGCACAAAGGAG